AUGAGACACUGGUACAGUGAUAUGUGUAAUGGAGCUAUUGAUGAGCUGAAAGACUGGUUUGUCGCAAGAAGUGAUUUUACAAGCCUAAGCAGAACUGGACCAAAUGGAAUUGGUCGAAAUUGGCCAUGGGCCUCUGGCGGCAGCAGCAUCUUGGCAGAAUUUGGGACUUUGCAUCUGGAGUUCGUGCAUUUGAGCCACCUGUCUGGAAACCCUGUCUUUGCUGAAAAGGUAAUGAAUAUUCGAAAAGUUCUAAGUCGACUGGAUAAACCCGAGGGCCUUUAUCCCAACUACCUGAAUCCCAGCAGUGGCCAAUGGGGCCAGCAUCAUGUCUCCAUUGGAGGGCUUGGGGAUAGCUUUUAUGAAUAUUUGCUCAAGGCAUGGCUGAUGUCAGACAAGAUAGAUGAAGAAGGCAAGAAAAUGUAUUAUGAUGCUGUUCAGGCCAUAGAGACCCACCUCAUUCGCAAGUCAAGCGGGGGGCUGACGUACAUCGCUGAGUGGAAGGGUGGGCUGCUUGAACACAAGAUGGGACAUCUCACUUGCUUUGCUGGAGGAAUGUUUGCUCUUGGGGCAGAUGGGGCUCCUAAUGACAAGACAGGCCAUCACAUCGAGCUCGGGGCUGAAAUUGCUAGGACUUGCCACGAAUCUUACGAUCGAACAAGCAUGAAACUGGGACCAGAAGCCUUCAGAUUUGAUGGUGGUGUUGAGGCCAUUGCUACAAGACAAAAUGAAAAAUACUACAUCCUACGACCAGAAGUCAUAGAGACCUACAUGUACAUGUGGCGGCUUACUCACGACCCAAAGUACAGGCAGUGGGGAUGGGAAGCUGUAGAGGCACUGGAAAAACAUUGCAGAGUAGAUGGUGGCUAUUCUGGCAUUAGAGAUGUUUAUAACAAUCACGAAAGCCAUGAUGACGUGCAGCAAAGUUUCUUCCUUUCAGAGACACUCAAGUACUUGUAUUUGCUGUUUUCUGAAGAUGAUCUUCUUCCAUUUGAACACUGGGUCUUCAACACAGAGGCUCAUCCUCUUCCUGUUCUUCAAAAAGAUGACGGGAAUAGAGAAGAAAGCCAGAAAUAGAUGAAGAUUAAGUUAUACUUUGUUUCAUUCCUUAUGUUUCUUUCCAGGACUUGGGCACAUUAUUUGGUUUUAAAUUCCUGAGUUAAAUUUUUAAAUCAAGUGUUUUGCAGUCUGUUUUCUUUACAGUAAAUAUUUAUGGAUGGACUCCAACUAAUUAUUACAAAAUUUCAUUCUGUUUAUCCAGCUGAACCACUUCUUAGAAGAGAAAUAGGACAUCUCGCCAGAUUUUGUUAGGCUGCAGUGUCAUCUUGGCCAAAAAGAGCAAAGGGUCUGCAUGUUACUUGUUUCCUGUUAUGCUUUUAAUUUGACUGCAAAAUUCUUUUCUCCUCUGUGAGGAGAUGUCUGCUUUAAGCUGUAAUAUUUUGCCAUGUUGCAAAAAGCCAUAUUGAAUUAAGUAUAAAGAGCUUUUUUCUUUU